UAUCCAUAUCUACAGCUUCAUGAAGAAUCCAUAUGGUAUGAAACUGGAUAUAAAUGAAGCAGCACAAGCGACGGUUCAUUUUGUAAUCCAAUCAAACAAGCGCCAUGAAAGCGGCACUACUUCUGUGCUUCUUAGCAACAUCAUGGGUCCAGUCCAUGCCCGCGGACUACAUCGGCGUUCCCGACGGGCCGGCGCCGACCCAGGAUUUUCCGUACCACCGACAGCUGGACGCCAACGGUGACUACCAUACUUACUGGCUGCCGAACAAGACUCACGUGGUGUUCGAGGUACACGCGCGUACCCUCGGGUACGUGGGGUUCGGUCUCUCGUCCAACGGAAAGAUGUUUCCGGCGGAUAUCGUCAUCGGCUGGGUGAAGGACGGAAAGACAUACUUCCAUGACCGUCACAGUACGGGCCACUCGCUGCCUGAAGUGGACGCCUCCCAGGACUGGACGCUGCUGCGGGGUGAGGAGUACAGUUACGGCACAAUGCUCAAGAUGGUCCGGAAACUGGACACGUGCGAUGAGGAAGACUUCCAGAUCACUGACGACACUAUCCGCCUCUUGUACGCCUUCCACCCGGACGACCCCGAGGACGAGAACACUAUCCCCUUCCACGGAACCAAGAGCGUCGGGGUCCGCAGCACUAUCCUGCUGUCCCGCAUCGUUCCGCCUCAACUUCCGGGCGACGUGCAGACACGCGACUGGCUAAAUGACAAUUACCUCGUUCCCAACAAGGAGACAACCUACCGAUGUAAGAUCUUUGACCUGCAUGACAUUGGCAAGAAACAUCACAUGGUCAAGUUCGAGCCUGUGAUCCAGAAGGGACACGAGGGUAUAGUGCACCAUAUGCUUGUCUACAAGUGCUCGGGAAUAGACCGGAAGUUCAUCGGGACGGACUACGAGUGCUACCUACAGCCGAACACGCAGCUCUACCCGUGCGGCAAUGUCUUCAUGGGCUGGGAGUACGGGGGCGGUGACUUCUAUUUCCCAGAAACGGUCGGCAUGCCUAUCGGAGAGGCCGACGACGACGGCUUGUACAUCCUUGAGACGCACUACAACAACCCGGAGAUGGUCCCAGAUUACGUUGACAACUCCGGCAUGCGGAUAACGUUCACCCAGAACCUGCGCGCGCACGAAUCGGGGCUGCUGAUGACGGGGGUGACCGUAGACCCGACCCACAUAAUACCGCCACGCGAGCAGAACUUCAUGACAACCGGAUUCUGCCACAGAGACUGUCUGAACACUGGUCUCUCCGAGUAUCCAGAGGGCGUUAACGUGUUUGCCGUGUGGCAGCACGCGCACUUGAUCGCCAAGUCGGUGAAAACACGUCACUUCAGAGAGGGCGUGGAGCUCGAACCGCUUGCCCACGAAGAACAUUUCGAUUUUAACUACCAGGACUACCGCUAUAUGACAAAGCACACGACAUUGAAAAUGGGAGACGAGCUGGUGGUGGAGUGUGUGUAUGAAACUAUGGCGAAGUCCAAGGUCACAAUUGGAGGUCCGGCGACAGGCGACGAGAUGUGUCUAUCGUUCAUAUACUACUGGCCGCGCAUGAGCGUCGACUAUUGUCGCUCGAUUCCGCUCUACAACGGCAACAAUACUUCCGGCGAGUACGUCAAAGAGCUGACACGUGACUACAACUACAACGACGACGAUAACCGCCGGAAGUUCCACGCGUCGCUCGUUGACUCGACAUACAAUGCCACAUGUCAUGGGGAGCGCCGAACUCCACAGAUAUUCUACGCUGAAAAGACAAUCCCCGUGACGAACCAGACGUAUACCCGGCCUCGACCGCAGUGUCCGAACCUGUAGGCAGGGGACCGGCAUGAGCCGGUAUUAACCGCCAAUACCAGCGGUCCUGGGAUAUAAGCCUUUAUAAGCAACGUGACCAAAUAGACAUUGGCGUUUUUGUGUGUUGUAUAUACAAUUCUAUACAAAUGAGCAUAGUUAUUUUUAUUACAAUUUGAAAUUGCCAUGACAGCUGAAAUAUUGUAUGUAUCGUUAUUUUCUACUAAAAUAUUCAUUUCAAACUGGAAAAAUAACUCUGAUUAUUUUUUAAUGAAAACGAUCUAUAACAGGCUCAAGAACAGUAUGGAAAUAAAUUCAUUUGAAAUCGGAACACAUGCUAACGCAAAAAGAGUAUAAUUUGAUUUCGAAUCUAGAACAUUUUAUAAUUAAGAAACUUAGUCAUGUUGCUCUGAGUUGUUACUUGAACUAUUGUAUUAACUAGUAUAAUACAUUGCAAUAAAAGUUAAUAUUGUAA